UUAGAAUAUUUCAUUAUAAUUAUCGCAAAAGCUGAAAACUUCUUUUUGUUUUAAAUAAAUUUGGACAUUUCACUGGUAAUGAAGUCAAUGCACAAAGCUGAUGAUGAAAAUGAUGCAUCUUCUGGUCCUCCAAAAAAGGUUAUCAAAUUUAGAAAUUAUACACCUCAGGAUCCUCUUUUGAAGGAAAAAAAGAUUGAAAAAGCAAAACCAGCCAAAGUACUUGAAAAUAUUGGUGAACAUCUUGAAAAAGGAAAAUUACAAACAGCUGUGGAAGAUGUUGAUCUUACAACGUUAGCACCAAGAAAACCAGACUGGGAUUUAAAACGAGAUGUCACAAAUAGAAUGGAUAAGCUUGAAAAACGUACUCAAAAGGCUAUUGUAGAGCUAAUUCGCGAAAGAUUAAAAGCUGAGGAUGAUUUGUCAAAGGUAGUUAAUAUGGCUACAGACUAGAAGUUUUACAAAAUUUAUCGCCAAAUCAGAGAAAGUUCAGCUGGCUAAAAUAAAUUGAUCACCUGAUGUAAAGUCCAAUCAAAUCUAUACGAUAGAGAGUUUCUCUGAUGCCAUUUUUACUGCCACCGUUCAUUGGAAAAUUUUAAUAAGCUUUAAUGACAAUGAUCGAGAUUUUUAAUAUUAUUCGUUAAUAAAAAAGAAUACACCUUUUCAGCAUUGUAAA